AUGGUCGUGAGUGUUUGGAGAGAUGAUCCCAACAGCCAGCUUGAGGCAACCACCCAAUUCCGAAAAUUGCUUUCUAUAGAGCACAGUCCGCCAAUUCAGGAGUUUGAGGCAGCUUGGGCUCUGACUUAUAUUACUUCUGGCACAUCUGAACACACUAAGGUAGUAAUUGAUCAUGGAGCAGUCCCAAUAUUUGUGAAGCUUCUUGCUUCUCCAAGUGAUGAUGUUCGUGAACAGGCUGUAUGGGCUUUGGGGAAUGUGGCGGAUGAUUCUCCAAAUUGUCGUGACUUUGUGCUUGGUCAUGGAGUCUUGGGGCCUUUGCUAGCUCAGUUGAAUGAACAUGCCAAAUUAUGUAUGCUCAGAAAUGCUACCUGGACACUGUCUAACUUCUGCAGAGGCAAGCCACAGCCUGCGUUUGAACAGACGAGGCCUGCACUACCAGUUCUCAAGCAACUUAUUCACUCGAGUGAUGAAGAAGUUCUGACUGAUGCUUGUUGA